UUCUCAGGUUGCGGAGACCACAAGAAUGGAAAUUGGUGAAAAUAAAAAAUUUGCCGGCACCUUUUGAUAAUUUACAAUUCAGCUGGCAUCCACCAAAAUAGACUCGAUCAAACGCCACUUUAAAAGAUGUUGUUGUUCAGGGACCAAGGGCUGAGCUACAGCGACUGCUUGGCCUUUUUGUAGGGUCUGAUCUCAAGAGAAUUAUUGCAAGAAGACAAGGCUCUCCUGCUCUUUAACUUCCACUUAUUUUUCACCACCACUGCUAACUCUCUCGCUCUUGCUCUCUUUCAUUAUGUUGGAAUCUUUGGGAACUUGCUUGGCCCCUCUCCACAGGAGGGCUGAAACUUUCCUUGGACGGCUGAGAGCCAUGCACAAAAUGAGUGGAUUCAAGCGAAGAAAACCCUAUAGAUUAUCCUCCAAGUUUGAUUUCUCAACCACUUCUUUUGCUUCCAUGGAAGUGUCUAACCAAUUCAAAGAAGUUUUCAAGGUCAUCGACGCCAACGGGGAUGGGAAGAUAUCGACCUUUGAGCUUAGCGAACUCCUCCUCUGCCUCUGGUACGAGAAAUCAACCGCCUUCAAAGAAGCUCAAGGAAUGGUGAGUGCGAUGGAUUACGACGGAGACGGGCUUAUCGAGUUGGACGAAUUCAUUGACACCAUGAACGCUAGUAGAAAGUUUGGCGUCGAGAAGGAGGAAGAUCAUCUCAUGGAUGCGUUUGUCAUCUUUGAUGUUGAUAGGAAUGGACUAAUCUCACCAAGAGAAUUGCAGCGAGUUCUUAUCAGCCUUGGAUGCAAUGGAUGCAGCCUUAAAGAGUGUAGGCGUAUGAUAAAAGCAGUCGAUAAGGAUGGAGAUGGCUUUGUCGAUUUUGAAGAUUUCCGAUCCAUGAUGAGCGAUAAUUAGAGAGAUGUAUAAUUUAUAUCUGUUUUAUAUAUAUUUACUUCUUGCAUGAAGUUUCAUAUUUGAUAGAAUCUCACAUUAAGUCAACUAAAAAAAUAAUUAGACUUAAAAAC